AUGAGCGAUACUUUUUUCUUGGAAAGCUAAAUGCAAAUAGAGUAAGAGAAACCCCUUGGAAUUAAUUCAGAUGACUUUAUUACAACGAUAAAUGAAAUACAAAAGAAUAUGCAAUAUCUUAAAAAAGAAGAAAUUCAUACAUAUUCUGAUGAUAUCUUGACUGCUAUUUAAAAUUAUACUGAAUUAUAAUAAUAAGAGUUAGAGUAGCCUAUUAAAAGAAAGCUUGCAUAGUAUUUCUUUGAAUUUGUCGAUGAAAUUCUUGAAAGGUUUUUAUGCAAAGCAAAGAUUUAAGAAUUGAAUUAAUUUGUCAAAGUUAGAUGUAUGAUUUCGAAAAUAGUGUAGCUACUUUCACAAAAUUUAACGUAGGAUAAUCUUAUUAUCAGAAAGUGUCUUAUCACUUUGUUUAAUCUUGAUAAUAAAUAAAAUGAAUUCUAUUCUAAUAAUUUAGAUCCUCCUAAUAGAUUCUUCUAUUCAGAAUUGAUUUCUGAUUUAAAAGAAAGAAGAGAGUGGUUUGAAUCUAUAAAAAUAGGUGACUUAGUAGAUGCUGUUAAAAUCGAAGAAAACUACAGAAAAUAAUGUUGGAGUCAUGCAAAAGUUAUAGAUAAAUCUGAUACCAGAGUUAAGUUAUCGUUUCUGUGUGAUUCUAGUAAAUAUGACAGAUCAGUAGAAUGGACAAGCUAUGAGCUUAGAGAGUAUAAAAGUAGGUGUUUUGAUUUUGAAUGGAGAUAACAACUCAAACCAGAUAUGGUAAUAGAUGUUUGUGAUACAGCUUGUGUAUGGUAUCAGUCAACAAUAUUAGAUACCAGAAGUGUAAUCAUAGAGGGAAUAUCAGAACCAAUUAAGGAGUUAUACAUUGGCUAUAGAGUAUAUUGUGAAGAUGGAGACAUUAGAGAUAGCUAAGGUAGGAACUUUAAUGGUUGGACAAGCAAAUAUGAUGAAUGGCUCUCUGCACAUAGUCCUCGUUUAUAACAAGAAAAAAAAAUGUCAAAAAAGUUGUUUAAGCAAGCCAGUUAGAAUAAUAGCGAGAAAGUUAUAGAUGACAGCAAUGAUAUUAUUUUUGACUAUGAGUACCAAAAUUAAUUUAAAAAUGUUAAAGCAAUACAUAGAUGUUAGAAUAUUUUCCUAAAUUAUAAUAUCAAUUCGAGCUUUAUAUAGUUUAUAAAUGAUUUUGGAGAGGGUUUGAAUAAAAUUUUAGACAUAAUACGUGAUUCUAAUGAAGCUGCUUUACUUUAAAAAACCUCUAAUUAGAAUUAAGAAAAAAUUAUUACUUUUUAAGCUCUCUGUGACUACAUCUAAAUUAUUUAUUAUGUUUCACCAUUUUUAUUAAAGCAGUUCUGUAUGGAAUAUAUUCCAUAAUUAAGCAAUGCAAUAAAAUAAUGUAUUUAGAGUAUUACAGAAGAUAAUAUUAGGUAGUUUAAAAGAGAAUAAAUCAGUGAUAUGAUUAGACAUUAUGGUAUCAUUUUAAUGAGGUAUUACUCUAUAGGAUAAAAAAUAGAAAUUAUAGAAGAGCUUGAGUAUUCAAUAGCUAAGAUGUGCUUUGAAUCUUCCUUUGUGAAAUAAAAAACAAUUGGUAUGUAGCUUCUGACUUAAAUUGUAUAAAAGUUUCAGAAAAAUUCUAAAAAAUCUAUUCAACUAAAUGAAAUUAAAUAAGAAAUCGAGAAAAAUAAAUAUAUUGAAUAGCUUUUUAAUGAAGACACUCAUAUAUAAUUGCUAGAAAAAUGCACAGAUUUAUUCAUUUUUUUGAUAGAGUAAAAUUUAUUUAAUGAGAAUAACAUGAAAAAUUUAUGGAAAGUAAUUCAAAAAUCUCAUGACGACACUAGAAUUUGCUACUAUAAUCUUCUAAAAUAAGUGACGAAAAGUUUUAAAGCACAUCAUAUCUAAGCUUUGUACGAAGAAAUAAAUUUAUAAGAAGAAAAUAAGUACAAAUAAUAUGAAAUAGAUAUAUUAUUUGAAAUUUGCUUUCAAGAAAAAGGUUUUUUUUCAGAAAAGUAUAGUUUUUAAAUUCAAAUAUAUAACAUGAUUUGGGAUUACAUAAAUACUUUUAAUGAGGAUAUAUACAAUGCAUAAGAUUUAGAAAGAUCCAAAAUGAAGUUAAUUGUUGACAAAUUUUGUUAAUUAGUCAACGAAAAAAAAAAAGAGAAGGAAAUUAAAUUUCUACAAAAUCAGCUUAUUGAUAAUAUAAAGGAAGGAAGGAAUACUUAUUUUUCACUUGAAAUAUUGGAAUCAGUUAUGUCUUAGUUAAAUGUGUAUUUAGAAUCACAAAUAAAAGAAUGUGAAAAUUUAGAAAAAGAAUAUUUCAAUAUUUUAGAAUCGUAACCAUAAGAUAAUUAAUAAACUGUUAUAUAAUUUUCAGAAGCAGUUCAGGCUAAUAACAGUUAAAAUACUGGUGAUAGCUAAUAAAUUGAAAAUAGUGGUGGUCAAUAAUCAAAUCUUGUUAACAUCACAGAUUUAUAAAUGGAACUAGAAAACGAAAUCAAUAAUGAAGAUAACGAAAUUUGGUAAAGAUUCCCUAAUUUGAGACUCUUAAGCUAGCAAAUUAGUGAAUAAAGCUAGCAGUAAGAUCAAUAAUUAUCCCCUUCUUAGCAUAUACAAAGCUCAAUAAACAAAGAAUUGUUUAUGAGCAAGCUAAGAGAAAAGGAAAAAAAUUAUAUGAGAAUUUAGAUUUGCAAAAAAUAAAUAAAGAAAAAAGAAUAAGAUAGAAAGUAAAAGUGUUUAGAGAUAAGAUAAAUUAUCAUAGAGAAUCUGAAGCAUUUAAAAGGUAAGUAUAACUUAUAGCAGUUAGAAAAUUCUCCAUAGCUUACAAGAUCAUACAUUUCUUAGAUUGAAAAACGCAUCAAUUUUUUAAGCUUUAUUAAUGAAGAGUGUUAAACUUAAAUUUUAGAUUAUGAGCUUUUUUCCCAAUUGUUAAUAGAGCUUAUAGAAAAUCAGUUAGUAAAAGCAGAGAGUGAAUUUUUCUAUAGGUGGCUGAAAAGGAGUAAUAAAAGGAAUAAGGGAAUCAUUCCUUAUAUUAAACAGUUUUUUUUAGAUAAAGUUAUUAAAGAUGAUCACUUUAUUUGUACACUUUCUUUGGAAGGCUUUGAUUGUUUUAAGUCUCUAUUUGUUCAGAUAAAUUACGAGAUUGGAAACAUUAUAGCGAUUGAUGACAACCCAUAAUUGAAAUGUAUUAAAGAUACUUCUGGGGGAAAUAAAUUGAACAAAAAUAAAAAUGUUGAUGACUCAGACCUAAUUUUUGGGGAAUUUAGAGUUGAUUUUCUAUACUUACUAAAUACUAAUCCAUAAUUGCUUGAAGGAUUGGAUUUCUUAUGGAAAAUAGCCUUUUUAGCAUAAAAUGAAGAUGUUUUUGACUCAGGGGCAAAAUUUUUAGUCAAUCUCUACUUGAAAACCACUGAAAAUCUAGAAGAUUAAGUUAAAGAGAUUCGAAACCAGUUUUUUGAAAUUUGUUUUAAAAAUAUUACUGAAAAAAAAUAUUUAGUAAGAACAUUUUAACUGAUCCACUAUUUCCUAGAUUAUUCAGAAUUGAAAGGAAUAGGUGACUUGAUACCUCACUCCUCUGAAACUUUUGUUGAAAAGAAUACUUUGAUUAUUAAAAACUAACUACCUGAAUCAGCAAAUGUAUUAUAAAUUUAAAAAACAUUUUAAUUUCCAUGCUCCUAUAAAACGACUUUAUACUAACUGAGAGUUGAUCUAUCAUAAAUAUUUAAAAUUAACAUUGAUGAAAUGUUGAUUUUAGUUCCUGGUAAAAAUGAAUCCUAUGGAACAAGCAUCGCUCUAAAAGAUUUUCUUAAUGGUUAUACUUUAUAGGCUUUAGAGUUUUCAAAUAAUCAAAAUGUGAUAGUGUAAAAACAAGAAAAAAAAUGGAGUCAUCCUAUUAAGCUAAUCAGAGAUAACGAUUCUCUCACAAAAAAAGCAUCAGAACUUUUUAAAGAAUGGUUUAAAGCUUACAGCGAAAACGGAAGGAUGUCUAUGCAGAAUUGUGCUCACUUCAUAGAGUCUUGUACUAAAGAUGUUUGUAAAGUGGAUGAUUAUAGAGUUAUAGACGUUUUCAAGUUUUGGGAUAGUGAUAAAGAUGGUUACCUCAGUGAGCAAGAUUUCUUAGAAUUUUAUAGAAAAGGAUCAAAAGACAAAAAAGAAACUGUCAUGAAAAAUAUUUAGGCUCACUAUUAUUCUGAUGAUUUAGCUAGAUUAUAUGAACUUAAGAUGAAAUUAUCAUAAGAGGACGUCUAAGAACUUCCUAGGUAUCUACUAAGUUAAAACGAGACAUUUUAAAAACAAAUCUUUUAAUUGUACGAUAUGAAUGAAAAUAUUUCAAUUGACUUGAAUAGGAUGAGAUUUUUAAUUGAAAAGCUAUUUAACAGGUUGCCAACAUGCUCUUAUAUUAAAUCUAUUUUACAAAACACAGAGAAAGUUUAGCAAAUUUUUGAACAAGCAUCAAAAUAUGAAUUUUUUUACAUUUUAGAGUGUAUAGAAAAUAAAUUUUUUGAAAAUUCUAUUGAAAAAGACAAAGGAUUUUAAGAUUUAUAAGAAAUAAUUAAUAAAUUGCAAAGUUUAUAAAAUUUACCAAAUGCUUAAUUAACUGAUAAUUAAAAUAAAGAAACUUAAAUUUAAGAGUAAAGCAUCUAAUAACCACUAAAUAAAAAUGAGUAGCAAACAAAUUAAUAAGUCCAUCAAAUGAGUAAUGAGAAUAAAGAAAUCAACUUAAUCCUCCAAAAUUUUGAUGCAAAUUAACAAAAUAAUUCUUCAAGCAAUACGCAAAAAAAUUCAGCAAAUGAAUUCAUAGUUGAUUUCUUUAGCAAAGGACUUUUUGAAAAAUUAUUAAUGAAAUUCUAAGUUUUAAUUUAAAGCUGGAACUCAGUUAAUAUUAAUGUAAGUUAAUAAAAUGGCAUGGAUGGAAGUAUGCAACAAAACUGUAAAGAAUUAAAUUUAGAUAAUAUCUAAAUUAAAUUAUUCCAAAAGUUUUUUAAGAUAUUUAACAAAUUUUUAUCUGCAAAUCUCAUAUCGGAAUAUCCUUUCAUUUUUUAUUUAAGGUAAUAUUUAUGUACUAUAUUUAUCACCUUAGAGGAGAUUGACGAAGACCUAAAUAAUAAAUAAUUAUCUUCAACAGAUUCUUGUAAUAACAGCUCAAAUAUUGAAUAAGAAAAUGUAGAUCCUCAAUUAAUUGGUCCUCUAUUGCCAUAAUAAAAUUAGGCUAAGUAAUUGUGUUUAUAAUAACCUAAUAUUGACAAACUUUAAGAGAUUUUCAUUUAAUUUGCAAAGAAUAAUAAUAAUUUACAUGAUUAUUUUUUGAAAUUCUCAAAUCAAAAUAUUACUUUAAUUGUCAUAAACACUAUACUUUCAACUCUAAGAUAAGUAGGCAAGUUUACUAACUCUUACAGAAACUUAGUAAUAGACUCUCUUUUUACUUUGUUAUUACUACUUUACAAGAAUCAAGAUUAAUUUGUUAAAGAAUUCUUGUCUUACCCAUAAUCUAAUUUGCUAUUGAAAGAAGGUCUGUUUUACUAAAAAAGUAAAAUCAUCAGACAAAUAUUUUCAUUUUUCAUCUUUUUAGUACUAAGAUAGUUAAAUGAAAAAAAGCAUAUUAUCAAAAUACUAAUUAAUCUGAUUCCAUAGAACAACUCUUCAGAUGAAAUGGCAGAAACAUGCACAUAGUUUUUUAGUUUACUCUGCCUCAUUUUUAAAAAAUACAAAGAAAAAAUAAGCAGUGAUGGAUUCGAUUUCGAUGCAGCUUUUGUAUAAGUUUUUGAAACACUAAAAAAUAUAUAAUCAAAAGAAAAUAUAUUAAGCACAUAAAAGGAUAACUUUUUAUCAGGAUAUAUGCAAUUUACUGAUGUAAUUCUUAAAAAUUCUGUAAAUAUAUCAUAAAAUACUGAAAUGGAAUAUUUGAAAUAUUUAAUUAAUAAUUGCUUAUUUGAUUCAGUAAUGACCAAAGACAAUCAAACUUACAAUUCAUCAACCAUUCAAGCAAUUUAAGAACUUAGCAUAUAGUAGGUAUUCACUUAAGUUCAAAAAAUUAAAUGCUUCCACAAUGAUACAAGGGUUUAGUGUUAUAAAUAGAUUUAAUCUCUUUGUUAGUAAUAUCCAGAAAUUUUCCCAAGCUACGUGUUAGAUAGCAUUACUUAGAUAAUCUAAAAAGUAAAAAGAACUUAAAAAGUCUCGCCUAUUAAUUAUGAAAAUAAUAUGAAAUCAAAUUUAGGCUUUGUUGGACUUAAAAAUUUAGGUGCUACAUGCUAUAUAAAUUCUAUGAUUUAGUAAAUAUUUACUUGUAAUCCUCUAAUAUUUUCAAUACUAGCUGCUGAUGAUUUAAAGGAAUAAGAAUUAGUUGCUAAUUCCUAAGGAACUUUGUAUGAUGAUAAUAUACUUCACUAAAUACAAAGAAUGUUUGCUUUUCUUCAUUUAAGUAUAAAGAAGGACUUUAAUACAGAUGGAUUUUGUUUCAGUUUAAAAGGUUACGAUGGGGAAAGGACCUAAACUAGCUUACAAUAAGAUACAUAGGAAUUUUUAAAUUUAUUAGUUGAAAGAAUUCACAAUUCAUUAGAAAAUACUCCUUUUAGAGGUAUUUUCGACACUUUCUAUGGUGUCACUACUAUUACAGAGAGAACUUGUAUGAAAUGCAUGAGAAAAACAUAAAAUGAAUAGCCUUUUUACAUGAUUCCUAUCAAAAUAAAGGGAGAAAAGACUCUAUAAGGAAGUCUGGAGAAAACAUUUAGAUAAGAAAACAUUUAAGAUUACAGAUGUGAUGAAUGCAAAUAAGUUUUUGAAGCUCAAUCACAGGAAUACAUAAAAAAUCUUCCUAACACAUUAAUUUUAAAUUUAUUUAGAAUAUCUCACAAUAUAGAAACUGGCUUAAACUAGAAAGACAAUAAUAAAAUUACUUUCGAAUAAAAUCUUAACAUGCACAAGUUUAUGUAUAAUACUAAAAAUGAAAUGGAAAUAGAAAAUAUGGAGCAGGAAGAUUACGAUUAUACUUUAAAAGGUAUUGUUGUUCAUGAUGGAACUGCCAAUUAUGGUCAUUAUUUCUCUUACAUAAAAAUUGCUGAAAAUAAGUGGUUAGAGUUUAAUGACUCUGCUAUUUCUAAUUACAACCCCAAAGAUAUUGCUAAUGAUUGCUUUGGAGUUGAUUCUCAAGAAUUAAAAAUUCCUAAACCUUAUUACGAAAGCUAAAAAAGUGCUUAUCUAUUGUUCUAUGAAAAAGUAAAAAAAAAUUCAAUAGAAUUUAAAAUAAAAAGCCAACAAGAAGAGGAAGAAAUUGUUAGUAAAUUAGGAAUAAGAAAUCCUAUUACAUUUUCUAAGUGGACAUGCAAGCAAAAGUAAGAAGAUGCAGAAAAUUAAUCAACCUAAAACUCUAAAGAUAAGGAUUCAUACAUACUUCGGGCAGAUUAUUAUGAUGUAAACUCAUAUAUAAGCGAAACCUAUAAAAAUUAAGUUGCUUUUGAUAAUUAUCAAUUCCUUUGUUCAAGGCUCAUGUUAAAUAACUAAUUUUUAUCUUUUGCUCUUGAUAUUAUUUAACAAGUUCCAGUACCUCAUUUCUAUUAAUAAUUAUUAUCUGUAAAACCUCUUAAACCUUACAUACCUAUUGACUCGUAAAAAUUAUCUUAAGAUAAUUUAAUAGAAAUGAAUAGCUUUAAUGAAAAAUAUAAUUAUUCAAAAAUUCUUUAAUAGAUCGCUUUCAUAUAUUUCAAUUUUAUACUAUAAAUGCAAGAAUGUCAAGCAGCUGAUAAUUGGUUUGACUUGUUUUAUAAGUUUAGCAUUUUAUGUCCUCAGACUUCAUUUGAAAUAUUCAAAGAAUAUAUUGUGGAUAAAAUGGAUUUAUUCUGGCAAGAUAUUUUAUAUAAUAGUAGUGCUAAAUAGAGAUCGAAUCAUAAGCAAAUAGUUCUUCUUCUAAUUAAUGUUAUUAUUAAAUAUUACAAUAUAAAUCUCUUGUAGCAAUCACAAUUAGAAUAGUCAAACGUUCAAAAUCCAUAGAGUGUUAUUUUCUAAUUUUUAACAAACUUAUUCUAAGGGCUUCAUACCUAAGUAAUAAAUAACUUUUACAGAUGCGAGCAAUAUUUUGAUCUUUUAAGAGAUUUUGCCGAUUCAGAUAAUAUCUAAGCAGCAUAUUUAAUUAAAUGUGAAAUGAUUGAAAAACUUUUGGAUUUUUAUUUGUAUGAAGAAUCGCCAAUUGUAAAUAAAUAUUUUAAAAUAAAAAAAUCAAAUCAAAUUAGUGGAAAUUAAGUACAACAAUAAUUUAAUCCAUUACUUGCUACUGUCUACAAUCUUUUAUGCAAAAAAAAAUAUAUCAUGAUUAUGCAAUAAAAGGAUUAAUAAACAUUCGAUAAGGAGUUAGUAAGUAAUUCUUAAGCUUUUGAAAGUAUUAUAAAUUAAGAAAAUUUAUAUAACCGAGCUUUAAAAAUGAAAAGCGAUCCUAAUAUUUUAGGUAGAAUAAUAUCUCAUAUGAGCUAUCAAAAUUAUUAAUAUUCCUACUUUAUUGCUUCAUUCAUAAUUAAAGGAAUUAACGAUAAAUUUAGGUCAGAUGAUAUCUAUCACUAUUUAGAAAUAAUGAGCAAUUUCAUCACAAUAUUAGACGAUUACAAAAUUUAUAGAUUUGAGUGGAUUCUUGGCAUACCUCAACUUAAAAAAAAUUAAAUUUAUUCAGAUUUCUCUUUAUAAUACUUUUUAGAUAAUACUUAUUAUGAUUACAUAUCUACACUAAAUCCUGAUGGUAACUAAAAUGAAUAAACAAAAGGGUUUUUAUCAAGAAUUUUAGAUUGUACUAUUGGCUACGCUAAUUACAGAGAGCAUCAAGUUAUCAGCAAACUACUGUAAUUAGCUGACAUUAACGAUUAGAUUUUUAAUUACAUCCUAACAAUUACACCAAAUAAUUAUGAGUUAGGAUAUUUUAUUGAAUUUUUAGGACAUUAUAUUCAAAAAAAUAAAUUGAAUAUUUUGCUUGAUACAAAUAGUGCUGCAAUCCUUACUUAAAUUGAGGACACUUAUAAAUCAAUAUUGAAUAAAAUUUAGUUUUAAGAAGAAUAGCUCUAAAAAAUGUACAAUGAUAUUUAGUGUUUUAACAAUACACCUCAGAAUAAAAACAUGAAUUAAAAUAAACCAGAAUAAAUUGAAAGAUAGAGAAUUUUUGAUACUUACAUUUAUGGUUAAUUUAUUUAAACUAGAUAAAUUUAAUGUUUGUAAAAUAUCUUAAAUGUUCCUGAUCUUGAUUGUAUUACAAACGAACAUGAUAUUUACUAUUGCUAAAAUAAAUUGUCAGCAGAAGGAAAAAAUAUAGUUAUUCCUGAAGAAGUAAAAAAUAAUGGCAGGAUAGAAUUAAAUAAAGUAAACUUAGAGUCAAAUAUAUUUUUGCUUUUUAAUGAAAAAAUUAAGCAUCAUUAAAUUGCUGAAGAAGAGAGAAAAAUAGUUAGUGAAAAUUAAAAUAUGGUAGAAGAAACAAAGUAAGAAACGGUCUCUGCUAAUAAUAGCAUUUAGCCUAAAUUUUCAAGUGAAUCUUCAUUAAGUAACUCUAAAAUAGCUAAUUUAAUCGAGCAACAAAACAAUAACUAAAACAAGCAUACAGAUAACUUGAAUCAAAUUAAAGAAUCUGAUGAAAACAUGGAGGAAGAAGUGGGAUAGUGUACUCCAUUAUAAUAUUUCUAGUCACAAACAUCUUUAACUGAAACAGAAAUAAAUUGCUCAUCUAUACAAUUAGAUUAAAAUUCUAAAGAAUAAGUCAAUAAAGUAUCACAUCAACGUGAAAAAGAAGAUAAAAUUCUCAUAAAUAUAAAUGGUAUAAAUAGUGAUAAUUUAAUAAGAGAAGUUAUUCUUUUAAACAAAAGUAAAAGUAUAACUUACAAAGUUAUUCUUCAAAUAUAGCCAAAAAAUUAAUUUUCAAAUCUUUUGUAGCUUUCUAAUUUUAAAUAUCCCAGUAUGAUAGAAAGGAUGAUUCUCCCUAAUACAUCAGUAACUCUUUUGACCUUAACAAAAAGUAUUCCACUUCAUUAAUGGGGAGACUAUGAAUUAAAUUUUAAAGUCGAAAUUGCUAACGAAGUAAAAGAAUAAUAAAUAGAUGAAAUAGGUGGUGAUAAUAAUAACAAUCUUUUUAAUGCAGAGUUUAUGAGUUAACUUUUUAAAGACUAUUCAGAAAAUAAAUUUACUCAAAUAAAUCCUGAUCUAUAAUAAGUUUAAUAAUUUCUAGAUGAAUAAGCUGCAAUUACUGCUGAAAAUAGUCUUUUUGGUCACUUAAUGAUUUAAGAAAAUACUAUUACAUGCAAGUACUGUACUAUAAAGAAUAGUUCUAACUUAACAGUUUGUGAAAUUUGCUAGAAUCCUCUUUAAAACUCUCAAUGA